CUUGCGUCGCGCCUGAUCAACGAGCUUCCACAAAUAAUACCGUUCAACGAAGCGUAACUCACGCCAUGAUUCGCGGGACGUUGGCCGGCUCACUGUCGGUAGUCCUCUUCGUUGCGCUCGCCACGGUUUACGGACCGAAUCUGUCGCACAGACUCACGUCUUCAAGCGGCCGCAUCAGCGACUGUGACGUUUGUUCUUCUCAGGAGCUGCUGACACUGCGAGCUUUGUACCAAGAACAUCAGGCAGCCUUGGAGCGUGAAAAGGGCAGCAGCAGCAGCAGCAGCGUUGGGAAUGCUGACAUCAGCAACCCAUCCGCUGCUGUCAGCAGCGGCCCUGGUGCCGACCCUAAGGAAGAUGCUGACGUCGUCAGUGUGCCUGCUACCACCGAGGUGGACCCCCUGCCAGCGCAUGCUGACGUCAGCAGCCCUCGGCGCGGCCGGUCGCUCCUGGCCGUUGAUCCUGACGAUCCCGAUCUGACGACCGACGACAUCCGGAACCUGUGCCACGAGAAGGACAAGGAGCUGCUGAAAGCGUCGAGGCUGCUCAAGGACCUGGAUAUUGCCCUGCAGCGGCAGUACAUGGAGGUGGACAAUCUCAACAAGAUGCUGGACAUGAGCCGGGAGUUUAAAGCUGAGGAGCUGAGAGACUUCCGCGGGCAGGAGCAGAAGGCGGGCGGGAUGUCGGAGAAGACUCGCGAGUUCCUGGAGCAGUGCAAGAACAACCUCGUUACAGAGUACACCUCUAAGGAGAACAAGGACUGGGCCAUCUACAAGGGCUACGCGUGUGAGGCGACGGACGAGGAGAUAGCACAGUACAUGAGCUACGAGCUGAGAGGGCUGUGUCCCGACGACUGGUUCUUCGUGCAGCAUCUCAUCUUCGUGAAGAACUGCUACGCUCUGCCCAAGCGCCGCUGCCUUGCACGCACUCCCCAGGAAUUCAUAGAGCCCCUCCCACGCUCGCACGCGCUCUUCAACCAGAGGGCGUUGCACGAUGGGGCAGUGAGGUGGAGCCACCACGGGUGCAAGUCCUUUGACUGCCUCAACCACCGCACUGCAGGCGACUGCAAGAGCUGUUUCAACAUGACUCUGGAGGCGAACCGGUGGAAGGUGAGGUACCGUGGAGCACUCACCAUCAAGGACGUGGUGACCCUCAAGAAGGGCUCCCUGCGCCUGGGGCUCGACGCCGGGCGAGGCACGGGCAGCUUCGCGGCGCACAUGGCACGAUACAACGUGACGGUGAUGACGAUGGCGAUGAACAUUGAGACGCGGUCGGGUGUGCACACUGGCCUGCCGUACAUGGAGACGAUUGCGCUGAGGGGGCUGGUGCCCCUGCACAUCCCACACACGGCCCGUCUGCCCUUCUUUGACAACACAUUGGACCUCGUGCACUGCGUCAACAGCGUCAAGUACCUGCCACUGGGCGAGUUUGAGGACCUGCUGUACGAGUGGGACCGGGUGCUGCGAGUCGGUGGUGUCUUGUGGUUUGAGCUUUUCUACGCGCCAGAAGACGAGAUGAAGAUAUACAUUCAAAUUGUGGAUCUUCUACAGUACAACAAGCUUUAUUGGAACAUCACAUCCAAGCCUGAAAAGGACCCCAAAGCGGUUCAGCGUGUCUAUCUCAAUUGCCUUCUAGAGAAGCCCCCUCGCAUUGAUUAG